AUGUAAUUUCACUACAAUAAUAGAUUAGAUCUGAAAGCAUGCGAUAUUUUUGCUCAAUCCCCUUCUUUAGGAAUGAAUCAAUAAUCAACUUAUCAAUCAACAUUUGGUGGAUUUACAUCAAUAACUACAAUUUUUCUGGUGUUUCUCUUUUUCUCUAGCAAUUUCCUGGACUAUAUAUCGGGGAAGAACAUUAUAACAAAGUAAACCUAAGUCUAUGAUAAUGAUCUUUCGAACCUUAAACUUGAUGAUCAAGAUUUCAUUAUAGCACUUGGUAUAGAAUAAUAGAACUUUAUACAAAACCCCUUCUUUUCAGUCACUCUGCAACAAAGAGAAUACGAAAGAUUGGAAAAUGGAUCGUUUUCAAAAAAUGUCACUUAACUUCCCCUUGAACCAUGCACACUGGAGAGAUUCUAAACUGUAUUUUAAAAAUAUGGCAAAAACUUUUCAGAAGAUUUCAAUCAUUUGAAUUUAGAGAAUUUGUUGUGUCCAAAAAAUAACAUCAGCAUGAAUAUUGGUGGUACAUUUGCAUCCAACUAUUUUAAUUUUCUUAAAGUUGAAGUCUCUCCUUGCAAUCCAUCUUAAAUUUUAGAAAACAGCACAUGUGCUUCUGAUGAUUCAUUAUAAGAUCAUUUAAAUUAAAUAGGAGCAUUUAAAGUACAAGUGUAUUUGAUUAACAAAGUAAUCAAUCCAAACAAAAUUGGAUCAAGCUAUAUUUCAGUAUUUUUGGAUGAUUAAAGUUAUUUAUCAUUUGUUCCUAAAAAAUUAAAUAAGUAUGCAAAUAUUUAUUUCCGAGAAUAUAGGUUUAGCAACAAUUUAGAUUUCUUUCCAUUUAAGGAUAAUUAAAACUUAAAUUUUAUUUCUAUAGACAACACCGAAACGAAAGAAGUGAUUGAUUUAGGAAGGGACUCAGAUUUAUCAUUUGCAUCAUUUUAUUUUAGGAAGAGUCCCAUUAUAAUAUCAGUUGAAAGAAACAAUUAGAGCGUUACUGAUUUAUUAUCAAAAUUGGGAGGAUUACUGUAGAUAUCGCUUAUAGUAAUGGGGUUUAUAAUAGCAGCAUACAAUAAAUAAACAAUGAUGGUGGAGUUGUCAAAUAAAAUAUAUGAAUUUAGUACUGAUGCUGACGAAUAAAAUAGGUAGCACUAGUUAAAUCUUGAUUUAAUUAAUAAUGUGUAUGAGGAUAGACAAUUUCGACAUGAAUAUUAUAUUAACAAAGAAGGACAAUAAUAAAUUAUUCCAAAUACUUAAAUCAAGCAUAAGAGUAAAAUAUUUAGGCUUUUUGGCAAGGGUCAAUAAGCUGAAUAGCAUAUUAUUUUGACUGACAGACCAACCACUGAGAAUAAUGAAUGCAACAACUAAAACUCUUAAGACAAUGAUGAAAAGAGUAACCAAUUUACAUAGUAGGCGAUAAAAGACCAUGGGUUAUUGGCAUAAUAGUUGAAGUGUGUAAGUGGACUAGAUUAUUUUAAAAAAUAGAUCAAUCUAAUAUUAAAUAGAUCUUAAACAUUACGGUUUAACAUAUAAAUAUUUCUCAAUUAGAUUUGCUUUCGAAAAGUCUUUUAAAAUUCUCAAUCUGUUUAGUUUUUUAAUUCUGCACUUGACAAAAUAAAUGAGCAAUUAGAUGUAUUAAACAUUAUUACCAAGUUAAAUGAAAUAGAUAAAAUGAAAGAAAUAUUACUAACUAAUUCAUAGCAGCUUUUAUUCAACUUCACAUCUAAACCCAUAAUCUCUUUGGAAGAAGAUAAAGAAAUGCCAUUCAACAGAACCAUUCUAGAAGAAAGAGCAAGAAAUACUAUGUAAAUUCGAGUAAUAAUUAGGAAUGAAACGAUUUGUGAUGAAAAGAAAAAAAAAAGUUAUUAAAAACGUAAACCGAUAUAUAAGCAAUUCAACCGAACUGGAAAUUUGGAUAAGGAUUUGAGGAUUUAUAAUAGAAUCUAUAGAGCAUAUGAUACCAUCCUUUAAUAAAGUUCAGAAUCAAACCCAUAACAUGAUGUCAAUAAAAAAUUAAUCAAAAAGCUUGGAGACGAAAUACAAGCUAUUUUCAAAUUAUCAAAACUGCUUGAUUUUGAUGGAUUAAGGAGACUUCGAGCAAAUUCGAAUAAUGAUAUGUUUUGUAGAAAUACUUAGCAUAUACCAGAUGAGAUGUUAAGUAAAUGA